AAUUCCACUAGAGGGCACUCGCCAUCUCUCCACCGCUCCUGGUGCGUCAUGAGUUGAAUAAUUCGUGAGUGCCCUCUAGCGGAAUUUCAUGGCAAAAGCAGCCAGAGUCCCUACUGACUCAAAAGACUCGUGAGACACGGAUCCGUUUACUGAGUGAUUCAGAAGGAUUUGAAUCCAUAAAAGGAUUCGGAUUUCUCAUCUCUAGUUCUAAAUUAACUCAACUCUCGUUCUAACUUUUAUAACUACGAAGAAGAAGAAUCCUAACCUUUUCCGACUAGCCAAAUCCGGACACGUGACUAGAUCACGUGGUGCAACCCGGAACUCUUUAGCAACAUGAAUGCAAAGUGGCUAAGUGUGCAGCGAAAUUUAUAAUAAAAUAAAAAGUAUAGAAUUAUUUUUUGCACUUAUGUAUAUUUGUGAAUGAUAAAGGGAGAAUGUCUGAGUCAAGCCCUGAGCUUAAUGAUUAUCUGGAGGGGAGAAUUUCCUUUGAGGAGUUCGAGAGACGGAGAGAGACAAGAAUAAAAGCUAAACAGAAGGACUUUGAAGGAGACGCUUCUGAUGAGAAUGAGGACGCUGUUGCGAGCACGUCGAAGCAGACCUUAAAACCUUCACGCAAACCUCACGCAGAAGAAGAAGGAGUCAGCCUUUGUGUUCAAAAAGCCUUCGCCUCCAUGCUCGGGGAAGAUGAGGAGCUGGAUGACGAAGAUGAGGACGAGGACGGAGCGGAGUGGAAGGACAUUGGCGAGCAUUACGCAGGAGGUGGCUGCGGUGGCGGAAGCAGCGAGGUGACCCCGGGGGACGUGUUCGCUCUGGAGAUGGAGCUGAACCGGGAAAACAAGAAGAUGAUGAAGGAUCGGCGAUCCCGCAGUAAGCUCCCCCGCGCCCUCCGCGGCCUGAUGGGCGAGGCUAACAUUCGCUACGCUCGUGGAGAGAAGGAAGAUGCGGUCCUGAUGUGCAUGGAGAUCAUCCGCCAAGCUCCUUUGGCAUAUGAGCCCUUCUCUACUCUGGCGAUGAUCUAUGAGGACCAGGGGGACGUGGAGAAGGCGCUGCAGUUCGGCCUGAUCGCCGCGCACCUUAACCCGAGCGACUGCGACGAGUGGCUGAAGCUGGCCGACAUGUCGCUGGAGCAGGAGAACAUCAAGCAGGCCAUCAUCUGCUACAGCAAAGCGAUCAAAUACGACCAGAGCAACGUGCGCUAUCUGUGGGAGCGCUCGAGUCUGUACGAGCAGGUCGGUGAGCACAGGCAGGCCAUGGACGGCUACCGGCGCAUCCUCACGCUGCUGCCCCCUACUGACAGCGAGCACUUCAUGCAGCUUUCACGCGACAUGGCUAAGAGCUACUAUGAGAGCAGCGAUCUGCCUUCAGCUAUCGGCGUGAUGGAAGAAGCCCUUUCCAGGCAUCCCGAGCUCGUCACGCAUGAGUGUCUGAACAUGGCGGCCGAGCUCUACAUAGCCAACCACCAGUACAGCAAAGCCUUAGAGGCCUUGAUCAAGUUUUGCGGCAUCAUCCUGGACAGAGGGGCGACCAAAGAGGAAGCUGAGAACGAGGACGACGUGAAGGAGGAAGGCGUGCAUGAGACUCCAGAAGCCCGAGGAGACAUUGUGGAGGUGGUGGUGCCUGAUGAUGUUCCUAUAGAUAUCAGGGUGAAGCUCAUGGUGUGCCUAAUCCAUCAGAAUGUCUUCAAACCUUUGAAUCCAAUGGUGAUGUCGAUGAUGGAGCAGAGCCCGGAGGAGCUGGGUGAUCUGUAUCUGGACGUGGCUGAGGCCUUCAUGGAUAAGGGCGAGUACGGUUCAGCCUUGCCUCUGCUUGCUGCACUCGUCUGCUCGGAGAGAUACAACCUCGCCGUAGUGUGGCUCCGACAUGCAGAAUGUCUGAAGGCCCUUGGCCAUUUAGAAGUAGCUGCUAAGAGCUACACUAAGGUGGUGGAGAUGGCACCUCUGCAUCUGGAGGCACGUCUGGCUCUCUCCACCCUUCAGCAGCAGCUGGGUCGACCUGAAUCUGCCCUUGAGGCGCUGGAGCCCAUGUACGACCCCGACACUCUGGCUCAGGACUCCUCGGCAGCCCAGCAGGAGCUGAAAUUGUUGCUGCACCGUUCCACACUUCUCCGAUCUCAAGGCCGAACUGACGACUACAUAGACACCCUGCUGACCAUGCUCUCCAUGCUGCUUAAGGUGGCGAUGGUAAGAGCUCAGGUGUGUCUGAUCGCCAGCACGUCAUCUGGCACCAGGCAUUUGCGGCUUAUUAGAGUGUCCAAGAACAUGCUGUCUGAAAUCGAGGACCAGGAAGCGGCUUACUUGGACAUAACAGGAAAGACGAGUGUGCUGUCUCGGGGGGACUGGUGGAACCUGCUGUUGAGCUGCCUGGACGUCCUGUGCGAGGAGAACCGCUUCACCGAGGCCGAGCUCCUCGUCGACUCGUCGCUCGAAUUCUACUCGUUCUAUGAUGACCGCGUCAAACGCAAAGAGCUGGAGUACCUGGGCCUGAGCGCCGCCUUCCUGGACCGCAAUUUCCGAAAAGCAUACGAUUACAUUAGGUUGAUGCUGAUGUACACUGUGGAUCGAGCUCAGCUGUGGAACAUCUUCAGCCAGGUGACGCUGCACUCCCAUGACGGACGCCAUCACCGCUUCUGUCUGCGCCUCAUGCUGAAGAACCCCGAGAACCACGCGCUCUGCGUGCUCAACGGCCACACCUCGCUCGUCUCCGGGACCUUCAAACACGCGCUCGGUCAGUACAUGCAGGCGUUCAGGAAUCAGCCAUGCCAUCCUCUGCACAGUCUGUGUGUGGGCCUCACGUUUUUUCACAUGGCCUCGCAGAAGUUCGUCACGAAGAGACACCCGUUGGUGCUACAGGGCUUUUCCUUCCUGUGGCGUUACGUGGAGUUCAGGGGUCACUGUCAGGAGAGUUUGUAUAAUUUAGGGCGUGCUCUACACCAGCUCAGUCUGACCCACUUGGCUAUCCAUUACUACCAGAAAGCCCUGAGCUUACCUCCUCUCAAACUGGAGGGCAUUGACGACGAUCAGGUGGACCUGCGCCGUGAAAUCGCCUUCAAUCUUUCACUCAUCUACCAAUCGAGCGGCAACAAGGAAAUGGCCCGUUACUACAUCCACACAUAUUGUGUUAUCUGAGUGGGUGUUUUAAGAAGAGAGAGAGAGAGAGAGAGAGAGAGAGAGAGAGAGAAUUAGAAUGAGAGAAUGAGAAUAACAUGUUUGUAUGAUAGUAUUUUCUACCAGAAUAAAGCUAUUUAUUAUUGAUAGUA